GCGUGAUUUUGCCCGACUGUUAUCUCUAAUAUUGGCUGCAGAAAAAAAACAUUCAACUUAGCCCACGUUUAACUCCAUGUUCUCUGCAAAAUGAUGGCCAAGGACAAGGGGCUGGUUGUAGCCGGAACGGCAGCUCCUGUGCCGGCUACUGUUGACCACGAGUGGUCCGCAGAGGAGGAGCUGCAGUUGUUCCACGCGAUGGAAGGUCUGCGCCCAGUCGGAAUCAACAAGCACUUUUACAUGUCCUGCAUUGCACAGCGUCUAUCAAAGUCCCUGAACCGCGAGAUGCCCAGCGAAUUAAUUUGGAGACACCUGGGUACCAUGUACAAAUUAAAGGAACUGGACGAUCUCGAGUCGCUGCCCUUUCCCAAUGAGGAACGCGAGUUCAGUCUGCCGGAGCACGAUUACGGCACGCUACAGAGUAAGAAAACAGUGGAGGUAAAUGCCAGCGAGGAGACUGGAGAAACGCAUCCGGCAAGUAAUAUCCCAGUCACAGAGAGCAAUGGCAAAGCUCCACCAUCAACCAAAGCGCCGGUACCGGCGAAUCCCACAAAGGAUUCCGAAAAGAAAUCCGUCUCUAAGCCACAGGAGUUGCCCAAGCGUCCGGCAAAGCGCACCCGCGGAUCCAUGUCUAACGAAUCUAUCAGCCCCUCGACCACUCCACCGCCAGUGCAGAGCAACAAACGCCGACGCAUCUAGGUGCUGCUCACUCGAAAUGAACGAUUGUUAUGACCCGUUUAGUUUACUAGGUUUACUGUAAUAUAUUAAAAGGAUUUAUUCUUCGAA